ACCAGGCGUCGGGGUGCAGCGGCCAUAGCCAUGGCCACUCAAUCGCUCCAAGCACGCUAUGGAAAGAUCACUCAUUCAACCACUCGUUCAUCGCCACCAGCUCCCAGGCCUCCUGGUGCGAGGGGCAUUCAGCAGAUUCCCAGCUUCGCAGAUUUCUACGAUAUGGGCAAAGAAGUGAUGCCCUCGACACAUAGAUACAUGAAGGUCAACUUUGCCACCAGAAAAACCGACAAGCAAGAGGUAGUGGUGAAGGUUCGCUUCAAGCCUGCCUGUUUCCGUAGUCGUCAGGAUGAGAAGAACUGGCGCUUGAAUACAGAGUUCUUGCUGAAUCUCCCGGAUAGUAUCGGCGUUGCUCGCGUCUAUGAGGUCAUGGAGGAUCCAACCGCCUUCUACGUCGUCAUGGAGAAGGUCGGCGGCUUGGAUCUUUUUGAGACCCUGGAGCACAUGCGGAAAAUACCGGUCAGCACCACACGGGAGAUCAUGCGACAGCUGCUAGAGUCCUUGGUCUUCUUGCACUCUCAUUGUGCAGUCCACAAGGAUUUGAAGCUGGAGAAUGUCAUGGUUGACUGCAGUGAAGCGUUAGCUGGGAAGUCCAAAUCGAUGUCUCUACAAGCAGUGAAGGUGAUUGACUUCGACACGUUGGAAUCAUGGUCACCCGCCGGUUCCACGGCAAAGGACGUGGUGGGCACCGAUCAAUACAUUUCACAGGAAGCCUAUGCGGGCAAGUAUUCACCUCUCUCUGACAUUUUUGCAUGUGGGGUGAUUCUGUACAGACUACUGACAGGAAAGUUCCCGUUUCACGACGACAUGUUUGACGACGAGGCUGGCGAGAAUUGGGUUGGUUCUCCAAAGAUGGCCCAGAUUCGCCGAAGGCUGAAGGUGGCCAAGGUUGACUUCUCAAAGGAAGUCUUUCAGGAGCAUCAAGACGCCACUGACCUCGUCAUGAGGAUGUUGGCGUACCAGGAGAAUCAGAGACCAACCGCUUCAGCAGCACUUGAACAUCCCUGGUUUCAGGAUUCCAAGGCUGCUCCGCAGGUGGUGCCUGACGUGCAGGACACCGUGACACUAGGGAAUCACACUUUGAUUGAAAAGAUGCUCUCUUGGCUAGGAGCUGAUUGACGAUGGAAUCGUGAUUGGUGAGGUGCAGCUUGACUUGGGAAGUGUUUCAAUCAAUGAAAGAGUUGCUCAUUGGAUUUCUCGGUUGUGGCAGGCAGAGUGAGCCAACAUACGCUCCACAAUUUGUGUGAACAGAUUAUUGUCG